AUGCACCCUUUUGGAGGCACACCCCGCUGCCCGCGAUGCAGCAAAGCGGUCUACGCGGCGGAGCAGGUCAUGGGUCCGGGGCGAAAGCUUUACCAUAAACCUUGCCUGACCUGCGCAAUAUGUAAUAAGCGGCUAGAUUCAUUGAGUCUUCUCGAGCACGAUGAAGAGAACUGCCAUUCAAAGACUUUCGGGACUCGUGACCUCCGGCAAGCCAAUCUGCCCCACCGCGAUGACCCAGUGCCAUCUCCUACACGGCGCUCAUUCUCGCCGCCACCUCUGUCCCCGACGAGGACGAACACAGGCAACUCGCUUUCUCCCUCGCUCAUCACUAGUCAUGUCACUGGGAGCAGCAAUCUUUCUUACCAAGAAAGAAUUGGGCGGAAGAACACUUCCUCCCCGCCGCCCAUGUUCAAGCCCACGCGAAGCUUAAGCCCUACAUCCCCCACAUUCUCGUCCUUCUCCGCUCGGUCACUGGGUCGCCAGGACGCCGGUGAGGCAGCUGAGAACGGGAACGGCGACGAAGCGCUGGACACUAUUUCUGAAGAGCCGCGGGCUGGGAAUAGGAACGGAGAUGCGGCGCGGAGUGCGAACACGCCUCUGAAUCCCUCUUUCACCGGUCGAGGCGGGCCGGGGAAUCCUACAAAGUAUGCGAGCACUCUGGGACGGUCGAAUUCGUCAUUCAGCGCCUCUCUACCAUCCCUUGUACCCACUAUGACUGGGACUAGAUACGGCGCUGCGUUGGGCGGCGGGACAUCGUCGCCAUCGAAACAGUGGGGUGGGGGAACACCGGUUUGUCCGAAGUGCGGGAAGAGCGUCUAUUUUGCCGAACAGGUCAAGGCUGUAGGCAAGACGUAUCACCGAGCGUGUCUGCGGUGCACGGGGUGCGGCACUUCGCUGGACUCCACUAGAUUGACCGAGAAGGAAGGAGUACCGUACUGUCAUCGAUGCUACAGCAAGUUAUACGGACCGGCUGGAAGUGGGUAUGCCCUGCUUGGCAAAGCCGGCGGAUAAGGCGUCAUUUGUCACAUCACCUGAGUUGAUUCGGUUAACCUAUACGACUAUACCCAUCUUGUAAUCUUGGAGCUCGAAGACAUCGUGCCAGAGGGCAGCGAUGCACGCCUACGUUGUGAAUGUAUCGUUAUGUGAUUUUCAUGGACGACUUCUCCUGACUUUAUCCUUCCCCUGACUGAGAAAAACUGUAUAUCCGCAUCACUGAAAAUAUUCAAACAUAUCUCAGUUU